CUGAGCUUGGUGUGACGGGCAACUUCCUGUGCAAGGAAUGGUGGGGAUUUUCCCCGAGAACAUAUCUAGAACAUUGGGGGUAGGGGGAUAUCCCCCCCCUUAAGCUACCUAGCAGCUGGAAGAGAUUUCUACUGCGAAUAACGGGAAUCUGGAAGAAACUGCUGCCUUAACCAAAUACCAGGGUUGUCGUCAGUUGACCCCUACAAAGAUGGCAGCCGCUUCCUCCUCCUGCAACGGAGAAGAAGACGAGAGCUUAAAGGGAUGCGAGCUCUACGUUCAGAAACACAACAUCCAGCAAAUCCUGAAGGAGUGCAUUGUGAACCUCUGCAUUGCUAAACCCGACCGGCCGAUGAAGUUCUUGCGGGAACAUUUUGAAAAACUGGAAAAGGAAGAAAGCAAACAGAUCCAGGCUUGGCAGAAAUCCAGCUCACAGUCAGAUUCUCAUGAUGAUGAAGUUUCUCCACCACCACCCAACCCGGUGGUCAAGGCGCGACAUCGAAGGGGUGGUGUCAGUGCUGAGGUCUACACAGAAGAAGAUGCAGUUUCUUAUGUCCGGAAGGUCAUUCCAAAGGACUAUAAGACCAUGACAGCUUUAGCCAAGGCCAUUUCCAAGAAUGUCCUCUUUGCUCACCUUGAUGAUAAUGAGAGAAGUGACAUAUUUGAUGCCAUGUUCCCUGUUACCCAUAUUGCUGGAGAGACCGUAAUUCAACAAGGUGAUGAAGGUGACAACUUCUAUGUGAUCGAUCACGGGGAGGUGUAUGUGUAUGUGAAUGGAGAAUUAGUCACCAGCAUUGGAGAAGGAGGCAGCUUUGGAGAACUUGCUCUCAUCUAUGGAACACCACGAGCUGCAACUGUCAAAGCUAAGACGGAUCUCAAACUCUGGGGGAUUGACAGAGAUAGCUACCGACGCAUCUUGAUGGGCAGCACGCUGAGAAAGCGGAAAAUGUAUGAAGAAUUUCUGAGCAAGGUUUCGAUUUUGGGAUCCCUGGACAAAUGGGAGCGCCUGACCGUGGCAGAUGCACUAGAGCCUGUCCAGUUUGAGGAUGGAGAGAAAAUUGUGGUUCAGGGGGAGCCAGGUGAUGACUUUUUCAUCAUCACAGAGGGCACAGCUUCUGUCCUUCAGCGUAGGUCUGACAAAGAGGAAUAUGUAGAAGUUGGGCGCCUGGGGCCAUCCGAUUACUUUGGGGAAAUCGCCCUGUUGCUGAACAGGCCCAGGGCUGCUACUGUGGUGGCCCGCGGGCCCUUGAAGUGUGUUAAGCUGGACCGCCCGCGUUUUGAACGAGUCCUUGGCCCUUGCUCAGAAAUCCUCAAGAGGAACAUCCAGAGAUACAACAGUUUCAUCUCUCUCACUGUCUAAAGUCCUCUUUGGCUCUUCUUUUAUGUUAAAACUUGUGCACUAAAAAAAAAAAGCGAUCUGUGCUGUUUCAUAGCUUUAUGAAGAAAAGGAGAGGCACAUUCAUUUUACGCAGGUGUUUUUAAGUGUUCAUAUCCAUUAGAUAUUCAAUCACUGUAUGUUGUUAAGGGGACAGCAGAUAGCUGGAUGUCAGUGAUUUUAGGGAAUCUUAGAUAUUUUUUUUGCACUUUAAGUUACAUUCCAGAUUUGUGUGUCCCCGGCUUCUCCAAAUCUCUCAUCACGCAAUACAAAAUCUCCAAAUCUUUAACUGUCCAAUGGAGAACCAGCUUGGUGUGUGCCUCAACUUUUAUUUCACCUGAUUGUGCUGACAAGCCAACUCCAUUCUUAUUUUCUCUGGAGAAUUUCUAACAUCUUAGGAUGUUCCUUUUUAAACGCCUCAUCUAGUGAAGACUACAUAGCCCAUUUUAUAAAAGGGGGAUUGAUGGACACAUGGAGCCACAAAGCAGUGCAGCAAUGGCCCAUUAAGACUUCCAGACAUUGUACUAAAUACUGAUUUUGAAUGCGACCCAAGGUAAAAACGAUUAAAUACUCAACUGGAGAGGAAAAAAUCCUCUCUCUCCUAUCUGUUGAGUUUUAACUCAAAAUAAAUACAACAAUUUUGUUUUUGUCUUGGCAUACAGGCUGUUUAAAGUCUGUUUAAAAGCAAAGGGUGGCCUUUGGCCUGGAAGGAAUUCUGCAGCCCUGUUCUGGCAUCAGGUCAUAAGUCCUCCAUCUGGUUGACAAUGACUAGAAUGAACAUACACCAUCCUAUUCAACUAGCACCAAAUCAGGUCCCCCCCGCCCCCCAUGGAACCAUCUACUUUUGGGAGUGCCCAUUAGUGUAAAACAGUGUUUUUCCAACUUGGCACCUUUAAGAUGUAUGGACUGCAGCUCCAUGGUGGCUGAGGAAUUUUGGGA